AUGCUGGCAUGUUUAUCAAAGAAUGUGAUUCUGACUGCUAAUUUCAGCAAGCUCAUGAAAGCUCUCUGGUCUCCUAAAGCUGGAAAAGACAUGGUCAAACACAAAGAAACUGCUCCUGAUGAAGAGAAAGAAACCCCCCAAAAUAGUGACAAAAACUUCCAGAACAUCAGAGAGGGACAAAAUGUGGGGCAAAAUUCCAGAUCGCUCGGCCGUCGUGGCCCGGCACCGGCCGCCUCUCCCGGUCUGCCGGAGGAGGAGGAGGAGGAAGAGGAGGAGGAGGAGCCGUGGACACCUCCCCUGGCACUCGCCGCGCUCCGAGCCGGCAGGCCGGGGGACAGCGCGCAAGGCGGCCGUGCGAACCGCACCGAAGCCCCCGCAGAUUUCUUUGCCCGCAAACCCGCCUUCAGAGCAGCUGAGCCCCCCGGACCCCCAGGACCCUCCAACCCGUCCUCCCCUUCCCACCGGGGCUCCCGCAGCUGCGCCCCUCCCCGCCUGCAGCCCUGCAGCGCUGCGAACCCGCGGAGUCCCCCGCGGCCCCCAGCACGGCUCGGCACGGCCCGGCACGGCCCGGCACGGCUUGGCACGGCUCAGCACAGCUCGGCACGGCUCGGCACGCACUUACUCCGCGGGGCCUCCCGGGUGGAGGCUCGGGCCCGGCGGCUCCCCAGGCGCGGCCGACGGGACCACGUUCAAAAGUACGGGAGGAAAAAAAAAAAAGGCGGCGAGGAUGCUGGAGGUGGUGAGGGUCAUCUCCACGCAACUGACACCAAAAGAGGCCCGGCUCAAUGCUGUGGUACACAAUACGCAAAAAACGGAAUGAAAAAUUUGGAAAUAAAUCAUACAGGAAUUCGUCGUUCAGGGUCGGGAACAAGAGGAAGCUGUAGACAAAAAUCAUUGAGUGUGUUCCACCAUCACAGCAGAGUGGAAGAAAAUCCAGACUUCACCAAUUUAAAAUGAUAAUCAACAAAGUGAUGAUGUCUUACAUACCGACAAAAUUUGCGGAGGAAACAGAGCUACAAAUAAUAGACGCCUAAACAUAUAAAAUGGUGCCAUUCUUUAAGGAAACAAGAAGAGAACAGAACAGAAGAGAUACAGAACAGAAGGAACAGAAGAGAUAUACCAAAGAAAGAAAGAAAAGAAAAAAGGUGGGGGGGAGAAGAGGAAAAGCAGAGAUAAAUGUCUGUGUAUAAACAUACUUCCUUUGAGUGACACUUGAUGAAAACUAUACAUUGCAACAUAAAUAACAGUAAAGCCUUUGCGAGGUGCAUCUGCAUCUCAGCCACUACUGAUCUGGUGUCUUGCACCCUCAGUAGCAUUUGAUCGGAUUCCAUGGAGAUAGGCAUGUAAAUCAUUUGUAAUUGAGAUUUGUAAUUAAGAUGCAGUCAUCCAAAUUGAAACCGGUAUGAAAAUAUGAACUUGAAAAUAAUAACUGGUAUUUAUCCAUGACAUCAGGUUACCAAAAGCAGUAAGCAGUUCAGGGGCUGUCCUGGACCUACUGUAUCUUGAUUUUGGCAUUGGCACGUAGGACUCAAAUUUCUUUCCACUCCCUGAGUACUGUCAGUUAUGCCUGUGGACCAGUCUUCUGAGUCCAGUUACUUCAAAGAAAGUUUUUUAACUCCUCAAAAUUAUAAACAUCUUUACCAAUGAACAGUGUGAAGACAACGGCACAGACUAUUCAAAACAUUCCCUUUAGUUUGCUAACACAUAGUAUCAGUAAUAGUUGUUGGACCUAGAGUAUAAAUUAGAUAAGACUACUGAAGACAGUAGGAUUUCUCUUAUGGGCCAUUGCAGAGUUCUCAAAAUAACCAUGUAAUCAAGAAUUAAGUCCAAAUCAGUUAAGCUGUCUUGGGAAACAUACUACUGCUGAUAAGUGAUAGAUCCUCAGCUGAUGUAAACAGAUGUAAUUCUAUUGAUCCACACAGCUGUGGAUUUAUCUCCAUAUUAAUCUACACGGUGGAAAGUUUUCUUACCCCCCACUGGCCAAAUGACCCCCUAGUGUGUUGUCUGUCCUUCUGGGAGAUCAAAAAUGCAGAGCUGAAAGUGUGUGUAUUCUGAAUUGAAGAAAA